AUGGGUUCUGAUACAGUUACUGCUGCUAAUGGUGAUUUUAUUGUUGCUGCUGCUAAUGAUCUGUGUGUUUACUACAAGCAGCUUCCACCUGGUGAGUUUAUCAUUCUUUUGCUUUACGUUGAUGAUAUGCUGGUUGCUAGAACUAGUGUCCAGAUUGUCAGUGGAUUAAAGAGAUUUAAUAUGUCAAAUGCUAAGUCGGUUUCUACUCCAUUGGCUGACCAUUUCCGGUUGUCUUCUAAGAUGUGUACUUCAUCUCUAGAAGAAGAGAAUGACAUGGAUAAUGUUUCGUAUUCAUCUGCAGUAGGUAGCCUUAUCUGGGCCUCUCGUAAGCAACCCAUAGUUGGUCUUUCCUCUAUUGAGGCUGAAUAUGCGGCUCUCACUGAGGGCACCAGGGAAAUGAUAUGGCUACAGCGAUUGUUUGGAGAGCUGGGCAUCGCCAUCAAAUCAAACGAGCAGCUGGCGGAGCUGGCAAUUGGGUUGGAGAAAAGCCAGCACCCCUUUCUGUGGGUUCUGAGAAUGGAUAUUGCGGGAGGCGUGCCUGCAACUCUGCCGGAGGGUUUUGAAGAGAGGACAAAAGAUCGGGGACUUAUUGUGAAAUGGGCGCCUCAGGUGAAGGUUUUGUCUCACCCUUCCGUAAGAGGGUUUCUCACCCACUGCGGGUGGAACUCGUGUUUGGAAAGCAUGAGCAUGGGAAUUUCAAUGCUUGGAUGGCCCUAUUUCUGUGAUCAGUUUCUCGAUUGCCGCUUCUGCAUGGAUGUGUGGAAGAUUGGCAUUGAUUUGGAGGGCGUGGACGUUGAUGAAAAUAUGGUGGUUACGAGGGAGGAGAUAGAGAAAGGCGUGAGGAGACUGAUGGAGGGUCCAAAAGCGCAGGAGCUUAGAACAACGGGAAUGGAGUUGAAGGAGGCUGCAUUUAAAGCGAUUGCGCAGGGAGGUUCUUCUUUUACCAAUUUGAACAGGUUUAUUCAUGAUAUGGCACAACUUUCCAAAUCGGCUUAUCUCGGAUUUUCUUCCAUAGUCUUUAUUUAA